CACCGAUCACUGUAAAGAGCUGAUGAAAUCGACUGUGUCAUGUGAUCAGCUGUGUCCAAUCACAGUUGACCACAUGGCACUGAUGAUCAGUGUAGCCCCAUCAGUGCCACCUGACAGUGCCCAUCAAUGGCCCUUGUAAGUGCCCAUCAAUGCCACAUGCCAGUGCACAUCAAUGCCACAUAUCAGUGCCCAUCAGAGCUGCCUUUCAGUACUGCCUAUCAGUGCCAGUCAGUGCUGCCCAUCAGUGCCAGUCAAUGCCACCUAACAGUUCCAAUCAGUGCUGCCUAUCAGUGCCAUAUAUGAGUGUGGCCUUUCAGUGCCCAUCAGUGAUGCCUGUCAAUGCCCAUCAGUGCCACCUAUCAGUUCUUCAUCUACAG